AUGAACACAAACACAGGCGAGACAGACGUAUUACGUUUGAAAGCCAUAACACAAGUUGGUUCGCAUCAGCAAGUCGUUUGGAACCCACAAUUGGCGCUAUAUCUGGUGGUUGCUGGGAAAAGUAUCGCAGUCAACAGAGCAACCGACGAUCAGCGAGUGGGAGCGGUGGUGCUGAAAGAUCCCGAGCAGGCCAUAGGAUACCAAUGGGAGCAGAAAACUGGCAAAAAGUUUGCAGUCUUCUACCGCAAUGGUCUGGUGCGGGUCUACGAUUGCACGACGACGGGCGGGCAUCUGCAAAAAGUGGUCAACAUGGCAGACGCGCAAAAAGGGCUAGAAACGAAAAACGCGAAUCUGAGCUCCGCUGUGUGGGCUACAGUCGUUUGGGAGCAGUUUUCCGAGACGUACACCGCGCUGGAUGUUGAUCUUACCGCUUUGAUGCCAGAAAUGGUUCGCAUUGUGCGGGACUCCAAACAGAUCACCAUGGCGCCUCUGGAGUGCUGGGGCCCCGACAUGCGUCACCCAGAGGCCUCACUGAUCCUAGCACACAGUGAGGACGACCACAAUUACCUACUUACGAUCGACGGUCUCGUCAGUGUGCGUUUUAGUAGUAAGAUUGCCCAUAUGUGCAAGAUUUUGCCGCCCAGCUACAAAGGAGGCCCGUUCGUAGGCGUGGCGCGCGAUGGAUCGCUAGAACACGUUUGUGUUUCGUUCACAAAGGCCCCGCUGAUGCGCGAACUAAUCAACAGCUCGGGCCAAGUCCGUAUGUUGUGCGAUUAUCUCGUGGAGAACAUCGCAGUGUGCAGAUCGGAUCUGAUAGAUCCCUACAUCCAGUUUUUGACCCGCAUCUCUGAUGCUUACAGCGGCCAAGACCUGUACACACAGCUGUGCGAAAUCUUAGUUUCUGGCUGCGUGGAUCCAGCUUUGGAAGACUGGCUGUGUAACAGCAUUGGCGACAAGAAUUUCAAGCGUUGGAAACAACUGUCGACUCGCAUGUACCGGGAUCUCAGCAACGUUCUGACCUUGGCUAUAGUGCCAGCCUGUGAGCGCUUGAUUCUGGAGUGCGAAAAGCUGCAAGGUAUCCAUAAAAGCAUAAAACUACACAAAAUGAAGGAUAAGUGCGAGUUUGAGACAGCGAGCUGGGCCAGCCCAAAGCUCGACACACUACUGCAUGUGUGCCAGGAGAUACUCCAAAGUACGCUGCGGUGGAUCUCGGAUUUGAAUCUCGAGGCCGCACUACACACGCUUUUCGCAGAUUGGUUUUUCGACGUGGUGAUGGAAUGCGUAGAUGAAGACUACAAAAUACCGGCAACCCACGAAACACGCAGCGCCCUACGACUUGAACAAUACCUGGCAGCGUGCUGGAGGAACCAGUCGGCUACAGCGGGGGUCCUGCCACUUGAGACGCUGGUAAGCGACCAGCUGGUCACGUGCGCAGCCAAUGUCGACGAGCUGUAUACCAAACCCUGGAUUUCGAAGCUUAUAGAGGUAUCUGUGGCAGCACCAACGAUACCAAACGUGCAUGUGUGGGAUGCGGUUGUCGAUGAUACCGGCACUGUUUUCACGGCGAGCCAGUCUGCGACAGAUCGCCCAAGUACUAUCAGAAUCACCGAACACGGGCGUGCCACGCACAAAGCGUCCACACAAGCGUGGGAUCUGGAAACUGGCACGCAGAUAAACACCACCACCACCACCAAAACUACUGGCGAUUCCAGUUUGUCGCAUCCUGAGUUUGGCGGCGUGCGCGUGCGCGUGCGCGAUGCGGCGUUCGUCACGUGCCCACAAUCUGUCGCCAUCUCAGCCGCACUCGUCGUUUUGCACGGCAACAGCGACAACGACAACGCUGCGCUCACCACGCUCCAAGUGCGUCCGUCCACGUUGCUCGCGGGAAAUUACACGCUGACUGGGUUGCAACAGCAACUGCCGCGAGCUUUAGCACCAUCCGGAUCCAGACGUCGUCUCCAUGCCUGUUCGUCGAGUUCGCUGCUUUCGGUCCACGAUUCUACGGUGAUGGCAGUCUACGAAAUGUCAUGUGACCAAGUUUAA